AUGUCGACUGGGGUAAGCAGGAUACAACUGCGUGGAAAUUACCGAGUCAUCUGGCGGAAUUCAUCAUUGCUUACUAAGAACACUCGGCUCUAUUUACUUGUAGACUAUUGGGGUGCAUUGAUGCACGACUACAACGGUGUGGUUAAGAAGAAUCCCAAAGAGCUGACACAAAAGAUCCAGAAGGGUAUCCCACCUGCACUGCGGGGUCUGAUCUGGCAAUUGUUGGCGAAAUCCAAGGAUGCUCAACUCGAGGCGAGCUACGCAGAGUUGCUCAAGGCGACUAGUUCUCACGAGAAGCAGAUCAAUCGGGAUAUGGGUCGCACGUUCCCCAACCAUGAGUACUUCCAGGCCGAGGGAUUGGGCCAAGAGUCGCUCUUCAACGUGGUUAAGGCCUACAGUCUGUACGACACAGAGGUUGGCUAUUGUCAAGGAUUGAGUUUUGUGGUCGGACCAUUAUUGUUGAAUAUGCCCGAUGAAGAGGCGUUCUGCGUGCUGGUCCGGAUGAUGAACACGUACGAUAUGCGCGGGCACUUUACGCCAGACAUGAGUACACUGCAGCUACGAUUGUAUCAGUACGAGCAACUCAUGGAGGAGACUGUACCCUUGAUUCAUAAGCACUUUCAGAACCAGGGCGUCCGGUCGACCAUGUAUGCAUCCCAGUGGUUUAUGACCCUGUUUGCGUACAAGUUCCCACUGGACCUAGUCUUUAGAAUCUACGACAUCAUGUUUGUCGAGGGAGUCGAGUCGUUGUUGCGGUUUGCGAUCGCGCUGCUGAAGGCAAAUCACGAUCGGAUCCUCAACCAUGAUUUUGAGACACUAGUCGAGUUUUUGAAGAAUGGACUGUUUGAAUAUUACAGGAACAACCCUAGUCUGUUUGUUCGGGACGCGUAUGAUGUCAAGGUGACGCCUAAGAAGCUGGCCCAGUAUGCGCAGAAGUACACUGCCAUGGUUCAGCGGCAGCAGGCAGAGCUCGCAGCGGAGGAUUCCCUACGGGAAUCCAACCGUCAGCUGUCGAUGCAUGUCCGCCGUCUCGAGGGAUCAGUCCAUACGCUCAACAAGGAACAUGUGGAGCUGGCCAAGGAGCUGAUUACAAAGAAGAUGGAGAUGGCGCAGCUUCAAGACCAAAACGACGUGUUGUUGCAAAAGGUCUCGGACCUGACCAAAAUUGUGGACUCACAGGGCAAGGAGGUAGAGGAUCGGCUCAAGGCGGAGAUACAGAGCGUGAUGGAGAAGAACGUGGAGCUGACACGGAAGAAUGAGCAGGUGGAGGACCAGUGCAACCAGCUGGAGAGCAUGUUGAUCGAUACGAAGAUGAAGUACGCCGAGAGUGAGAACGAGAGGGAUGAGCUGGCGAGGAGACUGAGCGAUCUGAGGAAAGCACUGGGUGUUGCAUAG